AUGCGAUCACCUCCCUCACCUCUAUUGGCAAAUGUACAUGUAGACAAAUUAGAAGAUAAUUUUAAGGUAUCGCCGCUUCAACCAAGAGUUCUUAUGCGCUACCUGGAUGACUACAUUCCAAUAUGGUUGUAUGAAAGAGAAAAGUUGGAGGAUUACCUGAAGUUUAGGAGGGGGGUUGAUGGAAAUAUCAAAUUCACGAUGGAUGUAGGGGAAGAGAGGCGUUUGGUCUUGCUAGAUGUGGAGGUCAUUCGCUCUUAUGGGACACUCAAGAGGAACUUGUUUCGAAAGAAGUCCUAUGCUGGAAUAAUGUUCAAUUUCGAAUCUCAUUACAACUACAGAAUGGAGAUAAGCAUACUAAGGAGCAUGAUCAUCAGGAGCCUACGAUUAAUGGACGUGGAAUUCUGGAAUGAAGAAUUGGAAAAAUUGACUCGGAUAUUUAUCGGUUAUGGAUAUGCGAGAGAAGUACUUCAAAGAAACAUACUGGCCGUAAAGAGCCAAUGGCACGACGGUGAUCAUGAUAGAAAGAUAAAGAUAGAGAAAGAAUCAGAAAUGUGGAUAUGCCUCCCUUCCUGUGAAAUAGCUCAAAACUACGGCUAA